GCGAUCUUCCAGUAGGAAAUGCAGCUGAGGAGGACGGUGCAUUGCAAGGACUCCUGGCGCGAGCCGGCAUUGCAUUGCUGAAAGCUUUAUUGUUUCUGGAAGGCAGAACAGGGCAGCGCUAUCAGUUCCAGCUUGUUCAAGCUGAUGGCCUUUGCGUCCUCGCUGUGUAGAAUCGCCGUCAUUCCUGCCUCGCUCCUUCGCCCCUGUAUCUCCGCCACCGCUUCUCGGACUUUCAGCAUUGCUCCAUCGCAGCUACUCUCGUUGCCCUCCCUCGAGUCCCCUCUCCCCCAGCUCGGUGCGCUCAUUCACAGAAGAAGCUUCUUGUCAGGGGGCGCUCGCAUUGGUGCCAUCAAAAGUGCCACCUGGCAGCACGUAACUGGACAAGGAGCCUCUCGGAGCCAGACCACAAUGGCAUCUGCGGACAAGCCAAUCCAGCUUUACUCGCUUGCCACACCAAAUGGCCAGAAGAUUGGUAUCUUCCUGGAGGAGUCGGGCAUCCCAUAUGAGCCGCACUUGAUUGACAUUGGCAAGGGCGACCAGUUCUCGCCCGAGUUUGUCAAGAUCAACCCGAACUCCAAGAUCCCCGCGAUCGUCGACCCCAAUGGUCCUAAUGGAGAGGAGGUCCGCGUGUUUGAGAGCGGCGCAAUCAUGAUUUACCUUGCCGAGAAGUACAACAGCCCCCUCUACCCAAAGGACGACCCCGCCAAGAAGGCCGAAACGCUAGGCUGGCUCUUCUGGCAGGUUGGGGGCCUGGGCCCAAUGCUGGGUCAGGUGGGCCAUUUCUUCAGGUUUACCAAGGAGGACGUUCCGUACGCCAAGGAGCGGUACCUCACGGAGGCCAAGCGCCUGCUAACCGUCCUCGACAAGGCCCUCGAAGGCAAGGAGUACCUGGUCGGGGAUUACUCCAUCGCUGACAUCUGCUGCGUCACGUGGGUCAAAGGCCUGAGCUUUUAUGACAAGGCCGUCCUUGACAUCGACGAUUACCCGAACUCCAAGGCCUGGGUGGAGCGCAUUUUUGCCCGGCCCCAGGUGCAGAAGGGGGUCAAGGUGUGCGCGAAGCAGUAGAUGCCGAGUCAAGACGUUCGGACAGUAGCUGCUUGCAUCCACUUGGACUGGGUAAAUUGUGAAAUCUACGUUUUGGGUUGCUAAAAAGUGCAGAGUCAGGUAGGAGCCCUCCGUAGACUUGAGCGUUUUCCGGCGUGUUGGAGUAGAUUAAGUAGGCUCCACCCCGUGAUAAAAAGAGGCACUCCGAAACAUCGGGUUUUGGGCUGAGCCGCAGCAACUAAUGUGCAUCCUUUGAGCAUGGAGAAACUGUAUGUAUCAACCCGCAGUCUCCGUACAUACAUGCGUCUAAGUUGCGAAUUCAAGCAUCAGUGGACGUUUUAUGAAUUCAAAUCAACCUGAAGCCGCUACGGCAUGUGUGGCAAGCGUCAGGACACUCAUGGGCACUGAGAGCGCAGGAGGCUGACACAGUCAAUCGUGUAUUUUAUCUUGUCUUCUACAGCU